AAAUAAAAAAUGGUGCAGUGGAUUGAUUUAAGGGAUGUGAGUCUUCCACACUCGCUUCUUGUUCUUCAGUUAUGGCUUCCCUUUCUCUCUCCUUUUCAUCUUCCAUUGUUCCCUCUUCAAUUCCUCACCACAAAUCCACCAAAAUCCACACUCAAGACUCCACUUUUAGGGUUACCUGCUUCGCCAUUUCCUCUCCCCCCUCCAAACCCGUUGUCAAAAAGCGACACUGGAAAAAAGGUGAGUUUCCUGGUACUUCCGAAACAUCGUUUGACGAUAGUACGAGGAGGACCCCCAUCAAGAACAUCAAGAGGAAGUUGGAGAAAAAGAACAGUGCGAAGGCAUGGGUCAACACUGUCACCGAGUCCUUAUCUGAACAAAUCGACAAGAAGCAGUGGCUUCAAGCCCUUCAGGUAUUUGAUAUGCUUAGAGAACAAACUUUCUACAAGCCUAAAGAAGGGGCGUAUAUGAAACUCAUUGUGCUGCUUGGAAAAUCUGGUCAACCCCACCGUGCCCACCAACUUUUCACCACAAUGAUUGAAGAAGGUUUAGAACCUACUCCUCAUCUGUACACAGCAUUGCUUGCUGCGUAUUGCAGGAGCAACCUCAUUGAUGAAGCUUUUUCAGUUCUUAAUGAGAUGAAGAGGCUUCCUCUUUGCCAGCCUGAUGUUUUCACUUACAGUACCUUGAUCAAAGUUUGUGUGGAUGCUUUCAAAUUUAAUUUGGUUGAGUUAUUGUAUGAAGAAAUGGCUGAAAGGUCCAUCACACCAAACACGGUUACUCAGAACAUCGUUUUGGGUGGUUAUGGUAAGGCGGGGAAGUUUGAUCAGAUGGAGAAAGUGCUUUCGAGCAUGCUGGAGAGCACUACCUGCAAGCCUGAUGUUUGGACAAUGAACACCAUCAUUAGUGUCUUUGGUAACAAGGGUCAGAUUGAUAUGAUGGAGAAAUGGUAUGAAAAAUUCCGUAAUUUUGGGAUAGAACCUGAAACGCGCACUUUUAACAUUUUGAUUGGCGCCUAUGGGAAGAAAAGAAUGUAUGACAAAAUGUCAUCUGUUAUGGAGUAUAUGCGCAAGUUGCAAUUUCCAUGGACAACCUCGACCUAUAACAAUGUGAUUGAGGCAUUUGCCGAUGCUGGUGACGUGAGGCACAUGGAGUGUACAUUUGAUCAGAUGCGUGCUGAGGGUAUGAAAGCAGAUACCAAAACUUUCUGCUGCCUUAUCAAUGGUUAUGCAAAUGCAGGUCACUUUCAUAAAGUAAUUAGCAGUGUUCAAUUGGCUGGAAAGUUUGAGAUACCUGAGAAUGUUGCCUUUUAUAACGCAGUCUUAUCUGCAUGUGCAAAGGCAGAUGAUUUGAUGGAAAUGGAAAGAGUUUUUAAGCGUAUGAAAGAUAACCAAUGUCAACCGGACGAAACAACAUACAUGAUCAUGAUUGAAGCAUAUAGAAAAGACGGUAUGAAUGACAAAAUAUACUAUUUGGAGCAGGAAAAGCAGACAUUGAUAACUGACAAUAAAAUAGUGAGCCAUUCUGAGGAUGAGAUCUAUUGUUCAGAUAGCUAAUGAAUCUGUAUUCCAUACUUAUUUUAUGGGAGCAGCUGCUUAUUUUUGUCUUGAAAUGGAAGAAGUUACCAGUUGCUGGUUUACGCAAUCAAGGUUCAGUUGUCAUGGUGAAUUACAGAACUUCUGCCUAACUUCUGGUUGCUUGUUGUAAAGUUAAAUUUAAGCUUUAAAAUCUAUUUUAUUUUCAGAAAAGAGCUUCAACGUCUGUUUCUUUUUGGUGUACAGGGUUAGUGGAUUGAUGGUAGAGUUAUUAGUUUUUUUG